AUGUCUGAAGUCAACAUGACCAGCCUGGCAGACAAGCUACAGAACUUAGAGCAGUGUCUCAAAAAUCAAACUGUCCAAGAAGUUGUCUUUGGGCAGGCACUGAGAGAAGCUAUUGUUAGCAAUGAUCACUGUAUGGAGGUAGAAGUCCUGAAAAGUCUUGGAGACCUGCAUCUUGAGAAAGCCAAGCUCAGUAAAGAUUCAGCAGAGUUUGACAAGGCUGCUGCCCUGUAUGCUGCUACCGUACGGCACUGCAAAGAUCCAGACAUGGGAGAAACACUGGAACAUCGUAUCGGCUACAUGGAGAAACUCUCCAGACAACUGCUGCAGGGAUACAGUCCACAGUAUCAGUCACCAGACUACUGGGGUACUGCUGAUAGUAAUGUCUUAAGGGUGGCAAAAAUUUGUGACAAACUGGACAGAAGAGUUGGUAAGCCCUGGCACUCUGUAGAGGAGACUUACACAGAAACAUUAGUGACUGCAAUCACAAAUGGCGAUGUGUUCUUGGAGCUUGAGGUUCUUAAAUCCCUUGGAGACCUCUACCUUGAGAAAGGCAAAACAACCCCUGAUGUAUCCCAGUUCUCCAAGGCAGCUGCCAUGUACAACAAGGCCCUGACAACAUGUGGGGAUCCUGGGACAGAACUGACUCUGGAACAUCGCAUCAAGUGCAUGGAAAAGAUCAGGGAAGCAGUGAAAAAGAAACCAUCAUUGAAAAAAUCCAGACCAAAAGAAGGAAGACCAGGCCUGGGGCAUCAGUCAGCAAACAUCACAAGAAAUGACAACAUCAAGAACCAACAUCCUCAGCCAGACAGAACAAGGGACUACAAGAAAUACCUCAAACAAGCAGACUCCUCCCUUGCCAGAACAGACCUGGACUCAGCAGAGCAGCAGUUUGCAGCUGCACUCAAGACAGUACAUGUGAGAGACCCCACAGCCCAGCAGUACCAGAGAGAGGUGGAGCCCCUGUGCAAGUUGGGGGAUGUCUACAGUAAGCGAGGUCAGCAGACAGGAGAUGGGGGAGACUUUGUCAAAGCAGCAGCACUCUACAAUGCAGCAAUAGCCAGGUCAGAGGACCAAGUCCUCAAUGGUAACAUAGCAACAGCUAUCAUAGAAGUAGAAAAGUCAUUUCUAAAAUGUAUCUUAAACAUAAGUCAUAAUCCAAACUUAGACAACACAGAAAACCACAAGAAACAGCUGAAGGAGAUGCGGGACCAGAUCAAGCUGGAGAUGGAAACCAUUGACCAGCAGCUGGAUCCCUAUGUACAUGAUGAGGAUGACCCAUGUGUCAAAGAGAUAGAGGCAAAACAAGCUCAGGCUGUCAGGCAGUUGUUUGAGAAAAUAGCGCAACAAAGGAAGGAGUUCAUCAGCCUGCUUGUAGAAGAGUGUAUUGGGUUAAUGGGUCCCCCUCCCUGUAAGUAUGCCCUGAUGGGUUUGGGUUCACAGGCCACAGGACUGGUAACUCCAUACUCUGACCUGGAGUUUGCCAUCUUGGUAGAGGAUGAAAGUGAACAAUACAAGGCUUAUUUCCGCAACCUCACCCACUAUCUACACCUCAAGGUGGUCAACCUGGGAGAAACCAUUCUCCCAGCAUUGGGCAUAAAAUCUCUCAAUAACUUCCACUCUGAUGACCCAGUAGACAGCUGGUUCUAUGACUCUGUUACACCACGUGGGUUUGCAUUUGAUGGCUCCAUGCCAAAGGCAAGCAAGACUCCACUGGGCAGGCAGGGCACAAAGAACAAACCACCCAGUGAACUCAUCCACACCCCAAGUAAUAUGGUGUCAAUACUUCAGAAUGAUGUCACAGUAUACCUGAAGGAAGGAUAUCACCUUGCUACUGUCUUGAGAAACCCAUGCCUGAUAGCAGGGGACCAGGAUUUGAUUGACAAAUACAUGGCCAUCACAGAGAAGAUACUGCAAGCUGAUGGGGGUAAAAUGGCAAAACAACUGGCACAUGAGACAAGGAAGGAAGAUAUGAUGACAUACAAACCUGAAGAAACCAUUAAAUCAAAACUGACUGAUGUAAAGAAGGACCUCUAUCGCUUCCCAGCUGUAGCAGUGGACUGCUUGGCACUGUCUUCAGGCAUCAUACCUACCACAGUUUGGGAGACAAUAGAAGAAAUGGAAAACCAACAAGUGAUCAGUCCCACCAAUGCACACCACCUGACAGUGCUUACCAGCAUCUCAGCAGAACUCAGGCUUAGAACCUACAUCGCAAAUGGUGGACAGAAGGAAAACCUGUCAGCUAUGGCCUCAAUGGAAAUAGUGCUUGAUGAGAAGAAAUCAGCCAAUGAUAAAGAUCAAACACCUGCACUGCAGGCAGUUUUUCAUAUACCAAAUGAAAAACAGCUUUUUAGAUACUUUUAUUCUUCAAACGCUUUGAAACUUUACUUAUCUUUGUGGUCUGGAGAUGGUCUAACUUCAGAAUCAGUCUUACAGUUUGAUUUCUAUGAUAGAUCUUCAAGUUCACGUGGAACAAUGUACUUUCAGCUGUGCAAGUAUAGCCUAGCUAUCCAAUUCUUUGAGAAGGCCCUUAACAAACAGGAAGGUAAUACUGAGACAAACAUUGCUACUUUACUUUUCAACCUAGGAAUUUCUUGGCACCAUUUGGGUGAAUACAAGACAGCUAUCAGUUAUCAUGAACGGGCACUGCAGAUGCAAAGGUCUAUCUAUGUUCUAAAUGUAGCUCAUCCUGACAUAGCAAAGUCUCUUAACAGCUUAGGGAUGGCCUGCCAUGACCUGGGUGAUUACAAAAAAGCAACUACCUACCUCAAGGAGGCACUACAGAUGUACAGGACCAUCCAUGGUCAGGAAAACAAUCCUAAUAUUGCCAGUUUACUCAGCCACCUGGGGCUGGCCUUUAUGAGACUCGGUGAUCACAGGAAAGGACUCAGCUACCAUGAGCAGGCACUGCAGAUGUACAGGAGUGUCCAUGGUCCAAACGUUGAUCAUCCUGACAUUGCCAGGGCACUCAACAUUCUAGGCCAAACCUGGACGGAUCUUUUAGAUAACAGGAAAGCAAUUGAUUACCUGGAAGAGGCGUUGCAGAUGAGGAAGAGAAUCUAUGGUGACAGUACUGCACAUCCAGACAUUGCUGUCUCACUCAACAACCUGGGAAUAGCCUAUCAAGACCUGGGUGAUUACCAGAGAGCUGUCAGCUACCAUGAACAGGCCCUGGCAAUGCGAAGAAGUAUCUAUGGUCAGACGGCUCAAAACCCUCAUAUUGCCAGGUCGCUUAAUAACCUUGGAUCAGCCUGGUGUAGCCUGGGAAACUACAGCAAAGCUAAAAGCUACCUUGAACAGGCACUGCAAAUGAGGAGAAGUAUCUAUGGUCAGAAUAUGGAGAUAUGGAGCCGGGGACCGAUAAAUGUUUCUGCCCUGUUGCAGCUUCAGGAGGAGCCGGCGGACACAGACUACCCCGGGAUGGACACCCUGGGCUUCUCUAACCCGGGGUACUCUGGGGACCAGGAUGGCAUCCCACCUCCUCCUGCCACCUUACCCCCUGACCCAGAAGCCUCCAUCCCCCCACCCCCCAGAGUUCUCCCCCCAGACCCAAAAGUGAACGUCAUCCCCCCUCGCCCAGCUAACCCCCCUCCCAAAGCCAUACCCCCUCGUCCUUCUAACCCCCCUCCACAGGCUGUACCCCCUCCCCCUCUGGGCCCAGCUCCCCUGGUGGAGUCCCCCAGACGCCGACAGCUUCCCCAGCACCCCGGCAUCCCUCCCCCAGCCACACCUUCCCAGAGUUCCCCAGCAAGUCUCCAUAGCAACAGGACUCCGCCCGGGCCACACCCACCUCCUCCAUUCACGCCUUCCCAGAAUUCCGCCUUCUCACCCAUGACCUUGCCGUCUACCAAGGUCGGCCAGCCUUCCCCGACCCGGUCGCUACCAAGGAGACGACCUUCGCCCUCUGACUCCUCAGCCAGUAGGUCAAAGGGCAGGGACAGUGUGUCACAGAACGGUUCGUUGCCAGGCAGCAGCAGGCAAUCAGUGACCUCUGACACUUACCCUUCGACUCUUGACCCCUCACACCUGCCCUCGACAAGUUUGACCCCAAAUGGCAGCCCUCCAAGAAAAGGUCGGCAGCUGUCUCCUAAAGACGGCGGAAGUCCUCGGGACCAGUACAGAGGUCACCGGAAAACACCCUCAAGGUCAAGUCAAGCUGGGUCGUCGAGCGGCAGGUCGCUGCCAGAGACCCCCCUGAGCACCCCCGUCUCCAGUGUGGGCCGGUCCGGCCACCUGAGCACCCCCGUCUCCAGCGUGGGCCGGUCCGGGGGUAAGAGGUCGCGGAAGAGCAAGCACUCCACCCCCUCAGGCAGCGGGUUGUCGGCGUCUGAUCUGGAGGGGGUUCCUCCGGAUGUACAGCAGCUAUAUGCACAGGUUGACCUGUCUAAGAAGCGUAAGAACCGUAUGAAGCGUGACCACGCCGCUGCGAUCGCCCGCGCCCUGAGCCAGGAGGGGGAGAAGGACGUGGGAGGGAUUCUGGAUGAUAAAGCCGUUGUAGUGUUUAGGGAGAGGACGGCUUUGAAGACGGCUGAAAUCAACAUGACCAGCCUGGCGGACAAGCUACAGAACUUAGAGCUGUGUCUCAAAAAUCGACGUAAUCCAGAACUUUUUGGGCAGGCUCUGAGAAAAGCCAUUCUUAACAAUGAUCAAUACAAGGAAUUAGAGGUCCUGAAAAGUCUUGGAGACCUGCAUCUUCAGAAAGCAAAGCUCAGGAAAGAUUCAGCAGAGUUUGACAAGGCUGCUGCCCUGUAUGCUGCUGCCCUACGGCACUGCACAGAUCCAGACAUGGGAGAAACACUGGAACAUCGUAUCGGCUACAUGGAGAAACUCUCCAGACAACUGCUGCAGGGGUACAGUCCACAGUAUCAGUCACCAGACUACUGCGGUACUGCUGACAGUAAUGUCUUAAGGGUGGCAAAAAUUUGUGACAAACUGGACAGAAGAGUUGGUAAGCCCUGGCACUCUGUAGAGGAGACUUACACAGAAACAUUAGUGACUGCCAUUGGUAAUGGUGACAUGUUCUUAGAGGUCGAGGUUUUGAAAUCACUCGGAGAUUUCUACCUUGAGAAUGGCCAGAACACCUCCGACUUAUCAAAAUGCUCCCAGGCAGCUGCCAUGUACAAGAAAGCCCUAACAAGAUGUAAGGAAGGUGAGACGAAAUUGACCCUGGAGCAUCGCGUCUUGUUCGCAGAAAGGGUCAGGAAAGCAGGAAGGCGGCAUUCAGGUAUGCGAGAAAAGCCUCUUGUUCAAGAUAAGCAAAUUACCGGUAUCGUAGCUGAAGAGAAACAAACAGACAUGCAGCACAAGGAACACCUUAAGAAAGGUGAAUCGUCCCUUGCCAGGGCAGACCUGGACUCAGCAGAGCAGCACUUUGCAGCUGCACUCAAGACAGUGCAUGUGAGAGAACCCAAAGCCCAGCAGUACCAGAGAGAGGUGGAGCCCCUGUGCAAGUUGGGGGAUGUCUACAGUAAGCGAGGUCAGCAGACAGGAGACGGGGGAGACUUUGUCAAAGCAGCAGCACUCUACAAUGCAGCAAUAGCCAGGUCAGAGGAUCAAGUCCUCAAUGGUAACAUAGCAACAGGUAUUAAAAAGGUUGAAAAGUCAUUUCUGAAAUGUAUCUUAGACAUAAGUCAUAAUGUAAGCCUGGACAACACAGAAAAGCACAAGAAACAGCUGAAGGAGAUGCGGGACCAGAUCAAGCUGGAGAUGGAAACCAUUGACCAGCAGCUGGAUCCCUAUGUACAUGAUGAGGAUGACCCAUGUGUCAGAAAGAUAGAGGCAAAACGAGCUCAGGCUGUCAGGCAGUUGUUUGAGAAAAUUGCACAACAAAGGAAAGAGUUCAUCAGCCUGCUUGUAGAAGAGUGUAUUGGGUUAAUGGGUCCCCCGCCCUUUAAGUAUGCCCUGAUGGGUUUGGGUUCACAGGCCACAGGACUGGUAACUCCAUAUUCAGACCUGGAGUUUGCCAUCUUGGUAGAGGAUGAAAGUGAACAACAUAAAGUUUAUUUCCGUAACCUCACCCACUAUCUACACCUCAAGGUGGUCAACCUGGGAGAAACCAUUCUCCCAGCACUGGGAAUAAAAUCUCUCAAUAACUUCUACUCAGAUGACCCACUUGACAACUGGUACUAUGACUCUGUUACACCUCGUGGGUUUGCAUUUGACGGCUCCAUGCCAAAGGCAAGCAAGACUCCACUGGGCAGGCAGGGAACCUCAACUGAACCACCCAGUGAACUCAUCCGCACCCCAAGGAACAUGGUCUCCAUACUUCAGAAGGAUUUCACAGUGUACCUGAAGGAAGGAUAUCACCUUGUCACUGUCUUGAGAAACCCAUGUCUGAUAGCAGGGGACCAGGAUUUAAUUGACACAUACAUGAGCAUCACAGUGGAGAUACUGCAAGCUGAUGAAGGCAAAAUGGCUAAACAACUGGCACAAGAGACAAUGAAGGAAGGCAUCAAAAGCCAUAAUGAUAAGCUAACAGCAAGGCUGAUUGAUGUAAAAAAAGACCUUUAUCGCUUCCCAGCUGUAGCAGUGAACUGCUUGGCACUGUCUUCAGGCAUCAUACCUACCACAGUUUGGGAGACAAUAGAAGAAAUGGAAAAGCAACAAGUGAUCAGUCCCAACAAUGCACACCACCUGACAGUGCUUACCAGCAUCUCAGCAGAACUCAGACUCAGAACCUACAUCGCAAAUGGUGGACAGAAGGAAAACCUGUCAGCUAUGGCCUCAAUGGGAACAGUGCUGCAUGAACAGGAAACAUUCAUAUCAGCCAAUGGUGAAGAACAAACAGAUCAACUGAAAGCAGUUUUCUAUCUAUCAAAUGAAAAACAGCUAUUUAGAUACUAUUAUACACAUAUUCCUCUUAAGAUUUUUUUGUCAGAAUGGUCUGCAAAAGAGGCGAUUCCUCUUUCUGUCCCUGAUUGCUAUGAGAAUUCUCCAAGUGUGAAAGGAACGAUGUACUAUGAGCUAUGCAAAUAUAGGCAAGCUAUCAGCUUCUUUGAUAAGGCCCUAAAACAUUCUAAAGUUACAGCAACUGACCAAGUGUUCCUGCUGCAUAAGCUUGCACAUGCUUGGCUUGGCAUGGGUGGUUACCAACAGGCAAUCACUUAUUCCGAAAAGGCACUGGGGAUACAGAAAACUAUCUGUCAAAAUGAUCCUAACAUAGUCAUCUUAUUACUAAGUAACCUGGGGACAGCCUGGUUGGAACGAGGUGCUCCGAGAAAAGCUGUAAGCUACAAUGAACAGGCAUUACAUAUGUACAGGAGUGUCUAUGGUCACAUAAUUGCACAUUCUUAUACUGCCAUGUUGCUCUACAACCUGGGGAUGGCUUUGCAUGACCUGGGUAAUUACAAGGACGCCACCAGCUACUAUGAGCAGGCCUUACAAAUGUUGUGGAGCAUAUAUGGUCAACGCACACCACAUCCUUACAUUGCAGCCUCACUCAACAACCUGGGGGCAACCUGGGAGGCAAGGGGAGAUCUUGGAAAAGCAGUCAGCUACCAUGAACAGGCCCUACUGAUGUACAGGAGUGUGUAUGGUCAUAGUUCAGCACAUCCUCACAUUGCCAGCUUGCUUGAAAGCAUGGGGGCAGACUGGCUCAGCCUCGGUAAGCACAGAAAGGCUACGAGCUAUUGUGAACAGGCACUGCAGAUGCACAGGAGUAUCUAUGGCCAGGAAACAGCACAUCCUGACAUCGCCAUGUCACUACAUAGACUGGGGUUAGUAUGGAGCCAACAAGGUGGAUACAAAAGAUCAAUCAGCUAUUAUGAACAAGCACUACAGAUGUACAGGAGCAUCUAUGACCAGGCACAUCCUAAAACUGCCUCCACACUGAACUGUCUGGGUGGUGUCUGGGCCAGACAAGGGGAUUUCAAGAGAGCAAUUAGCUGCUUUCAAAAGGCACUGCAUAUGCGCAUAAUCAUUUAUGGCAAGGCUGUCGAACAUCCCGACAUAGCAAUCUCGCUUAGCAACCUUGGGGGAGCCUGGGGCAGCAUGGGUGAUCACAGAAAAGAAAUGAACUACUUUGAACAGGCACUGCAGAUGGACAUGCGUAUUCAUGGUCAGGGUACAGCACAUCCUGAAAUUGCCACCUCACUUCUCAACAUGGGAAGAUCCUGUUACUCUCAAGAUGAUUAUUGGAGAGCCCUCAUUUAUGUUGAUCAGGCACUGCAGAUGUUGAAACAUAUGUAUGGUCAAAGUACACCACAUCCUAAAAUUGCCACGUCACUCACCCACCAGGGGAAAAUUUUGGAUAAACUGGGUGAUCACAGAAAAGCAAUAAACUACUAUGAACAGGCGCUACACAUGUGCAAAAGUAUCUAUGGCCAGACUACACCACAUCCUGAUAUUGCACGUUUGAUCAACGAUAUUGGUGAAGCAUGGAGUGCCCUGGGUGAUCAAAGGAAAGCUGUUUACUUUUUUGAAAAGGCAUUAGAUAUGAACAGAAGUAUGUCUGAUCAAGGUAUGGCACAUCAUUUCACUGCAGACACACUCAACAACCUGGGAUCAGUUUAUCUUGAUAUCGCUGAUUACCAAAAAGCUGUGAGCUGUCUUGAACAGGCAGUGCAGAUUAGGAGAAGUAUGUACGGCCAGCACACAGCACAUCCUAACAUUGUUGCCACACUAAACAACAUGGCAACAGCUUGGUCCUGCCUUGGUAAUCCCAGAAAAGCCAUCAGUCUCUGCCAAGAAGCCUUGGCUAUGGCAAGGCGGAUUCCCUCUCAAGAGAAAAGUCUUUUGUUAAUAACACAAAUCGAAAGAAACAUUGCCUUGAUAAGUGUAGAAUGUGCAAAUACCACAUGACAGUGUCAUGUUCCAUUAGAAAUACUGAGACCUCACUUCUGUCUCUGGCAAAUACAUUGUUCACCAUUAGGCCACACCGACUUAAUUGUAUGGAUGACAUCCAUGCGCAUUGAUUUUUGCCUGUCCUCAAAAAAAAAAAUCACAUCCUCCUGGCACACAAAUAUGUAUAGCACUAUAUAACAGUAGAAACUUAAUCAGCUACCUUGAAUAUGCCCUACAGAUGUGCAGAUUUAGGCACAUUACAUUGCUACAGAUCCUGGAUAGUACUCACUAGAUACAUGUAGCUAAUAUCUGUAUC